CACCCGCUGUUCUCUCUGCACCCGCCGUCGCUUCUCCGCACAGUGCUCAGCUGCAUCGCUCCGCACAGUAGUCUCUGCGCCGGUCCUGCUGCCUGCCAUCAUGUCUGUGCCGAAGCUCCUCGCACAGGUCCUGUUCCUGGGUGUGCAGGCCGUCGGGAAGGCCUUUGCCGAAGCAGGACGUCAGGCAGCGCGCAAUGCACGCGCUGCGCCUGUUGAGGCGUCGGCAGCUGGCACUGGCAAGCUUGGCAGCUCGCCGACUGACAACCUCACAAGGACACAUCGCAUGACGCUCGAUGAGGCGCGCAUGAUCUUGAAUCUGGACGCCAAGGGCAUUGCAGAGGCGAGCGAGGAGGGGCGGGCAGCGCUUGAGAAGUCCUACGAGCACCUGUUCAAGACCAACGCGCCGCCAGCGCCCAAGGGCGCGACCGGCGGCGGCGCUGGCUCGUUCUACAUCCAGAGCAAGGUGGUGCGGGCACGGGAACGGAUCGAGGCGGAGUGGGCCGAGGUGCUCAAGGCGUCCAAGGGCCCACCACCGCCGCCGGACGCGUCGGCGCCCAAGGGACCCGAGGCGCAGCAGGGCCCGGCACCAUGACGCGCUGGCUGGACUGCAG